UGGUGACGUUCGCAGUUUACAUCAGCUGCCAGCUGAAAAUCUUACGAUACCAUCACAAUUUAGUCUGCCGCUUCCCGUGAGCACCUGAACGCAGCGCGGGAGCAUCCGGCGGUGCAGUGAGGAGGAGGAGGAGGAGGAGGGAGGAGAGGAAGGAGAGGGACAGGAAGAAGAGGAAGCAUAUCGAUGGUAAGCAUGAAGAAUAUUCCCGGACUCUGAGCUGAUCGACGGGGAAAACAUCUUCCCUCGCUCGUUAAGAGGCCGACAGGAAGCGGAGGGAGACAACGGCGCGGACAGGAUGGAGGAGGAGAAGCAGUUCCUUUGUGGGGUGGUGGAAGGUUUCUAUGGUCGACCCUGGUCUAUGGAUCAGAGGAAAGUUCUCUUCCAGUGGAUGCAGCUCUGGGGGUUGAACACCUACCUGUACGGCCCCAAAGAUGAUCUGAAGCACAGACUGCUGUGGAGGGAAGUCUAUUCUCCCGAAGAGGAAGCUCAGUUGCGUACUCUUAUAGCCGAAGCUCAGUCCCGGGGUCUGAGGUUUGUUUACUCUCUCUCCCCUGGUCAGGAUAUCGUCUUCUCUUCUUCCUGUGACUUGGCGCUGCUCAAACGGAAGUUGAAACAGGUAUCAGACCUGGGGUGCCAGGCGUUUGCCAUCCUCUUUGACGACAUCGAUCACUCCAUGUGCCAGGCCGACAGCGAGGCCUUCACUUCAUUUGCCCACGCUCAGGUCACAGUAACGAAUGAGAUUUAUCGCUUCUUGGGGGAGCCACCUGUCUUCCUUUUCUGCCCUACAGAGUAUUGCGGUUCUCUGUGCUCCCCAAGUGUGUCAAAAUCUCCCUACCUGCAAACAGUUGGCGAGGACCUACUACAUAACAUAACAGUGAUAUGGACAGGCAGCAAAGUUAUUUCCAGGAAACUGUCCUUAGACUCCCUUGCUGAGUUGGAGUCUGUCCUCCAGCGGCCCCCGCUGAUCUGGGACAACCUGCACGCCAACGACUAUGAUACCCGACGUCUCUUCCUGGGGCCUUUCAAGGGUCGCGACCCUCAGCUACGAAACCACCUGAGGGGUCUGCUGCUCAAUCCUAACUGCGAAUUCGAAGCCAAUUACAUCCCACUGCAUACUCUGGGAAGCUGGCACAGAGCUGAAAAAGACUAUGUAAAAGACGACGAGUGUGAAUACUGUCCAGAGAGAGCUUUAACUGCUGCACUUCAUGACUGGAUGGAAGAACUUAAUCAGCCUCUGCAAGCAGGUCGGCAGAGCACAAGAGCAGAACAUCGGGCCUCUGUCUCAUCGUCGCGUACCAAAACUUCUGACAGGUCCGACUGUCCCGCCACCUUCAGAGCCACACAUCCUGUGGCCAAACUCCCAGUCUUCCCACUCAAUUCCAGCUCUCCACCCUCAUCCCCUCCUAUGGGCAAAGCGGAGAGAGAAGGGCGAGAAGGGGAAAAAAAGAGGCCACACCAAUCCAGUCAGCAACUUCCAGGAUCGAGGUCGGAAGCGCCUGCGGGUGGAGGCCGGGCACAGCAGGCGCCGGGUCGCGGGCUCUGUGGCGGGAAGGGCUUACUGAGCGAGGCCCAGGUGCGGCUGCUCGUUGGUCUCCACUAUCUCCCCCAUGAACACGGCCCUUCGGCGCAGAAGCUGCUGCAGGACCUAACCUGGCUAAAAUCAAACUGCCACCUGGUCGGUGCAAACAGCAAGAAGACGCAGCCUCAGAAGGUUGAUGAGUGGCGUGGGCGGGCCUCCAGAUUCCUGUCUCUGUGCGAAGACAUAGCUCAGCUCCACUGCAGCGUAGUGGGCGGGGCUAACAGGGCUGUGCUCUAUGACCUUUACCCUUAUGUGUGGGACCUGAGGAACACAGCUCUGGUGGCAAAAGCCUUCAUAUGCUGGCUGGAUGGGCGAGUGCUGAAUGACGGCUCAAACCUCGCCUCCUGGAGGAACUGUUUUCACUGGUGUGGGAAAUCCACAGGAGCAGAGCUGCUGGGAGUGGACUCAGAGCCUUGGGUGUUCAAAGGGGGGGUGUCUGGGGAGGUGCAGAUGCUCCUCCCGGUAGGCAGCAGCAGUGAACUUUUCACUCAUCCCCCUCCUCUCUUUCCUACCUCUCGUCUCUACAACAUCAGGCCCUAUCACAGCAAAGACAAGGUGGAGCUGUACCGAAUGGUCCGCCAGCUUCACCUGAGGACUCAGGGCGGCCAGGAGUCCACCAUGGCUCAUCCAGAUGUCAUCGGAGACAGAUGUCUUGGCCCAUGUCUGGCGCUGAGCCCUGAGUACAGCUUCAUCCUGGAAGAUGAGCUCGGCAUCUGUGGCUGCGUGCUGGGCAUCCUAGACGUCCGCUCCUUCGCGAAGCGAUGCCAGGCCAGCUGGAUUCCUGCCAUGAGAGAUAAAUACCCACCCAAAGGGAGCAGCACACACUCAAACACACAGGACUUGGUAAAACUGAUGGAGGAGGACCAGGGUGAGUACCCGGACUCGCUCCUCUACCACUUCCCCUCUCAGCUGCGACUGGACGCGCUGCCCGAGCUGGUGGACGUCAGCGUCGGCCGAACCCUGCUCACCGCCCUUCUCACUGCGCUCAAGGCCAACGGUUCUCAGGGUGUCUUCUGUGAGGUGCAGCCCACCGAUCAUCAGAGGCUGGAGUUCUUAACCAAACUGGGCUUCCUGGAGAUCCUCAGAGGAGAAGCCAGGAGCAGAGAGGGCGUGGUGCUCGGACGGCUGCUCUGAAAACAAACACGACAGACACACACACUAGCCAUCACCUGGUCACACAUUUCAACUCCUUUGAGAAACAUCAACAUUAAUUAGUUCAUCAAUUUAUCAAAGUGCAUGGUUAGGUAUAACAAAGGUUAUUUUUUAACAAAAUGUUGCCAUAAAUGUCACCGUGUUCGAUCAGCUUGAAGGGUCGCCCUCCUAAACAUAAACAUUUUGAAUGGUAAUGUAAAGAGAAGGUUUCUUACAAUUCUGUUAUUGUGCUUGUUCAAAAACAUUGUUUUCUUACUUUGACUAGGAGAUGUUUCAUGUAAGCAGCCCCAUUCAGAAAUAUUUUGCAAACUGCCAACAUUUUAUUUUAAGUUGUUUGGUUUAAAAUCUGCCAACAUAAAUAAGAUGUUCCACCAGAAAACUGAAAGAAAACCAAAGCAAGAAAAAUUGUGGACUUUAUUUAUUUCAGAAAGGGUUAGAAUCUGUCAGAUUAGAGAGAAAAAUGCCACAUAGGCAGCUUUACUUCAGCCUAAUAAGAUCUUUAGGUAACAUAGACUUGUUUAUUCUUUGAAAUGCAGCACCAAACCAAUAAUAUUCUUAAAAGGUUGAGGUGCAGAUAUGUUGUAGCAUUUCUCCACUCUGUGCAGUUUCAACCACUCUUUCUGCCUGGAUGAACAUAACUGCUUUCCUCAGUUUUAUUGAAAAGAAAGUGAGCACAACAUUUUCCAAAGAAAGAGAAACCUGCUUGUUUAAAACCUGCUUAGCACCAACCUGCAGAAACACAGUGCCGGUAAUAAAUCGACUUCCCAGAGCAAUUUUUUUCUUUUCUUUUGCUUAUUGCUUUUGAUCUGACUUGGAUAAGCCUGUGUCUCAUAUUUCUUUGAAGAAGUAGUUUCGGACAUUCAAAAGUAAUUUCAGCCACCUAAUUUACCUAAACUUCACAUCAGCUGAUCCCACAGACUGAAGCUACAAGGCUACUGCAUAAGAGUAAAGCAGACUUCCACCAUCUUAGAAUAACCCCAAAAAAUGCCAAAGACUAUUUAAUGAACUUUUAACAGUCUAUGUGUUUGCACUGGGCAAUUAUUUAAAAACAACCCAAUAGUUAUUUACACAGGAAAUCGAUGUCUGAGGUGGGCUGAACUAGGAAAUUCCAAGUUUCACUUCAUGAGUAAUAUGUUGCUUACUUUUGACAAAUUCUAACAAAAAGAAGCCUUGGAGUUUUAUCCUUGACUGCUAACAUCUUAGUAGUUCAGUGGGACAUUUGGUGUCAAUACAUUUAAUAAACUAUAUUUAAGCUGUUAAUUUGUAAAUGAAGACACUAUAGGUGAGUUUUAACACUUUGUACAGGUAAAGGUUAUUUGUUUUCCUGGUUUAUGUUCAUGCUCAGCAAAUUGUAGCAGCAGCCACACAGUUCAUGUUAAACAAUUCCUAAAGGCAGGAUUAAAACAGAUUUUUUCCGUUUGAUUUUGUGGUCUGAGUUCUAAAUGAUGGAUGUUUUUUCUCAUUUCGUCAUUUUUACUUUAGUAGUUUUUUUUUGUUUUGUUUUUUUUAUAGUUAUUCCAUUGAAAUCAUCAGACAACCUCAAGCUCUUUGGACUCUCAUCGUUUACUAUUUUUCUAGAUAAGAUGAAUGUUUACAUGCAUGAAAAACAUAACCUUGUGUUAACCAAGCAGGGUUACAUGUAUACAAACACAAAACAUGCAAAGAGAAUUGCAAUGGCUGCCGCUCACGUGCAUUAACACACACGAAGAUGUUCUACUGGGCAUUCCAGUCGUAAAAAUGUAGUACGAUAGGAGGACAUUUUAAAUGUAUGCAUGCUAAAACUUAUUAGAAAAACAGAAAAUAAAAGCUAAAAACAUAUAGAUAUAUAUGCACACACUAACACAUUUUACCCUUGGUUCUUGGUUCUCUUAUUUAUUUAUUUUUUACAGAUACCUUCCAUUAUUAUACAUCACUUACAUGGCUGACUCAUGCUUAAACAUAGCCACUCAGUGAAAAGUGUGACAUUCAUUUGAGGCGGAUGCAAGAGUGGGCAUGUGAAUAAUUAAACUGCGACAGCUGUGUCAUCCGUCCUUCAUUACAAACCCCAACGAGGCAUAAACGCACCGUUCACACCCUGACACACGCAAUCACACAAAAAGAAGCACAAACGCACUCAGUUCAACUGAAAGUAUGUAGAACAAUGAAUGUUUUUUUUUAUUUCAAUAUGAACAUACACAAGUACUUGUGCAAGCAUUUAUAUUUCAACUUUUUUUAUUUACAAUUAUGUUCAAUCAGUAGACUUAGACACUUUUGUACAAUUUUCCUUAAAAGUCUCUCGUGAGGUGCUUUGUAAUAAUAAAUGAAAGAAGAUGGUGAUUGCAUAGACAAAAAUAAAGCACCAAAAUUGAAUUGCAUGAUGUAAAGCAAAAAAAAAAAAAAAACAAUAGAUGGUUGUGUGUGUUGCAAGAUUUUUAUUGCACCUGUAAGGAGGUGGGACAGUUCUUUUCUUUACUGUGAUAAUCAUUUAAAAAUGUGAGUGUAAAGUUAGGAAAGUGUGUUCUAGAAAACGCAAUACGUCAACAGUUGUGAAAAAAUGUUGCAGUCAACAUGAAGCACUGUGAAAAGUGAAGAAAGAAAUUAACCACAACUUGAUUUAAUGCAAUUGUAACAACAAUCAUGUC